AUGACAGACGAGGAGGCGGUGGUGGUGACCGCAGUGGUGGCGCCCGAGGCGGGUCGCGAAGAGAAGCAGCCUCCUCCGCCAGCAGGGCUGGGGUGCGGGGCGCGCGGGGAGCCCGGCCGCGGCCCCCUAGAGCACGGCCAGCAGUGGAAGAAAUUUUUAUAUUGUGAGCCACAUAAGAGAAUUAAGGAAGUACUGGAAGAAGAACUUCAUAUUAAGAGAGAUGAAUGCCACAUUAAAAAUCCAGCUGCAGUGGCCCUGGAAAGGAUUUGGAGCAUUAAAAGGAAUCUGCCUGUGGGAGGCUUGAAGCCAGGACUGCCGAGCAGAAACAGUUUAUUGCCACAAGCCAAGUACUACUCCAGGCACGGAGGACUCAGAAGAUAAGAUGAAUUAGAUUUUCCAUUAAGAAGGAACCUCUUUCUGCUGAUGUCUGAAGAACGGAGAAGAAACUCAAGCUUGUUUCAGGAUUUAAGAUGUGUGCAAAAAAAUGAUAGCCUUAAUUACUAUUAUUGGUAUUAAUACUUAUCUAUAAAUUAAUCCAAAGUAAUGAAAGACUAUCGGUAAUGUUCAGUAAGUACCUGAAAACAAUAAAGGAAAAUAUACUUAU